AUGGACUUGCUGGCCGCGUACGCAGCGUCAAGCGACGAGGAAGAGGUCGCGCGGCCGAGCGUGAGCAUCAACUCGGCGCCCGACGUCCUCCUGCCGCUGGCCACGUCCAUGGCGCUGGCGCCGAACGCCAAGACGCUGGCGCUGAACCAGCCCAUUGGCACGUCGAUGGCGCCGGUCCUCGGGCCCAAGAACCCGUACAUGCGCCACAACCCAUUGCAGGUCGGCGCCGGCAAGGAAAUCGUGACGGGCGUCGUCGAGGCGACGGCCAUGGAGGACUUUUGCUUUGACGAAGUCUACCACGCGCAGCAGUUCCGCCAAGCGACGACCGACCCGCUCUACAAGAAGGCGCCGAAGCGCAAGGUCGACCCGAACUUUGUCAAGGACGUUGGGUCCGAGGCCGACCACGGCGUCUGGGCGCCGCAAAAGACAAGAGCACGCACGGUCUCGGACGCGCAGAAGGCGCUCAUCGCCGAGAACGAAGCCAAGCGUGCGAAGCGCGUCACCGACGACGACGACGAGGUCGACUUUGACCGUAUGAUUGAGCGCAAGGUCGCGCAUCUGCUGCCGCCGCGCCUCCAGCCUGGCCAGAAGGCCGUCGAGCCCAAGACGGCGUAUCUGGACCGCGAAGAGUACGACUACCAAGGCCGGUCGUGGCUCGAGCACCCGCGCGAACUCAAGGCCGACGACGGCCAGCACGAUGUCUUUCUUCCGAAGAAGGCGAUCCACCAGUGGGAAGGUCACACGAAGGGCGUCCAAGCGAUCGAGCUCUUCCCCAAGUACGGUCAUCUGCUGCUCAGUGGCAGUCUCGACUCGACGGUGCGCAUCUGGGACGUCUACAACGAGCGUAAGUGCAAGCGCAUCUACCAAGGCCACACAAACGCUGUGCGUGGCAUCAACUUUGCACCCGACGGCAAGACGUUCCUCACGUGCAGUUUUGAUCGGUUCAUUCGGCUCUGGGACACGGAGACGGGCCAGGUCCUCCAGACGUACACGAACCGCCGCGUCCCGUACUGCAUCAAGUUUCACCCGGUCGAGACCAACCAGUUUGUCAUUGGCGACUCGAACCAUAUGAUUGUGCAGUUUGAUACGCGCUCGGGCGAGGUCACCCAAGAGUACAACCACCACUUGCAGACAGUCAACGCCGUGACGUUCGUGGACGACAACCGGCGGUUUGUCUCGACGUCGGACGACAAGAAGAUUCUCAUUUGGGAGUGGGGCAUUCCGGUCCCGAUCAAGUACAUCUCGGAGCCCGGCAUGCAUUCGAUGCCGGCUACGUCGCUGCAUCCAAGCGGCAACUACUUUGCGGGCCAGUGCUUGAGCAACCAGAUUGACGUGUACACGGCGCGCGACAAGUUUAAGCUCCAGCGCCGCAAGGUGUUUCGCGGUCACGCGUGCGCCGGGUAUGCCUGCCAAGUCGGUUUUAGCCCCAACGGCCAGUACGUGGUCAGCGGCGACGGCGAAGGCCAGCUCGUCUUUUGGGACUGGAAGACCACGCGCAUGUUCAAGAAGGUCCAAGCGCACUCGAAGGGCCCGACGAUGGGCGUUGCGUGGCACCCCCUCGAAGCGUCCAAGGUCGUCACGUGCGGCUGGGACGGCCUCAUCAAGUACUGGGACUAG